AUGCCAUAUUCUCAAAUGUUUCAGCAUUAUCAGGAUCCAUCUUACGACAAUCAACAGCAACCUUGGGUUGAGGUUGAUUUCACCAACCUCCAGCCUCCUAUUGGCGAGUUCAAGGGUCAAGAUCAAUCUGGCUACUAUGACCUGAACGCUAUCGAUACUACUGAGGACGUUGUCGGUUCACCGAAUUACUCUCAGUUCCUCAAUUUCGAAUCAUCAGAUAUCCCUUCAUACACAGUCUCAAACGAGUCCAUAUACUACAGAACUUCACCAGAAUCAGCUGCCCUGUCGCGUCAGUCGACGAGCUAUCCUCUCAAGACCGAGCCAGGCUUGAGUCGCAAUACGUCUUAUUCGACAGGGGGCUUCGAUCCUUCAGUCCUGGAAAACAUUCCCCAAGCAUGCGGUCCAGAACCCAGCUGCAUUCAGCUUGCUAACCUUGCGGAAAUCGAAGACUGCAAUGGUCCGCCUUGCCUCUCCACCAGCAUUGGAUCUUCUGUCGAACAAAAGCCAAUCAGAAGAUCACCAUCAAGGACUGUCUCCAGCGAAAGCAAACUACGAUCUAAGCAAGUAACUGACGGAGACAAGAAGUCGCGCAACAAAAGAGCCCACAAGCCUUCAGAAAGUGAAGACGAGUCAGCCAAUAUCCGAGCUAAACAAGCCCACUCAGUUGUCGAGCGACGAUAUCGAGACAACUUGAAUGGAAAGAUCAUGCAGCUCCACCGAGCGCUGUCGGCCACAGGCACUACUUCAAGAAUGACUGGCAUGUCUGCGCAAGACUUCUAUGCCUCUCGAGAACACCGAGGAAAAGUUAGGAAGUCAGAUGUCAUGACCGACGCAAUGAAUUAUGUUCACCAAUCCGAAGUGGAGAUGCGCCACAUGACCGAUGAAAUCACGCGACUCAGCGACAGAGUCAUGGCCCUAGAGAAGCUUGUCAAGUGUGAAGACUGCACUCUGCUCAAACAGAUGGUUCGGCUACAGCUACAACAGCAGAACGCUUAA